GUACCUGCCCACCCGUUUCAUAAAUCAGGAAGACAACCUAACCGAAACCCGUCUCAGUAUCAUGAAAACACGGCAGAUCAGAGAAACGUUGUAAUAGCACAGAGUUACAGAGUCUACCCGCUGACUUACAUCGACAGAAGGGUAGAAAACGGCUGUGACUGUAACAGCCGCGUUAGUUAUCGACUGUUUUUUUUCACAUCAGAAGAACGAAGCAGGUUUGUAGCUCGCUAAGUUAGCCUGUUUGCUAACUUUAACGUUGGUCCGGGUCCAGAUUCUUUCACAGCUGGUCUGGUUGCGCAAAAGGGGCUAGCAAGUUUUUUACCCCCGUUAACGUUUCAUCAUGGGAUCCAGAGCGUCUACGUUACUCCGAGAAGAGGAAAUUGAAGAAAUUAAGAAGGAGACCGGCUUCUCCCACAGUCAGAUAACUCGCCUGUACAGCCGCUUCACCAGUCUGGAUAAAGGUGAAAAUGGCACCCUCAGUCGAGAAGAUUUCCAGAGGAUCCCAGAGUUGGCCAUUAAUCCUCUGGGAGACAGAAUCAUCAAUGCUUUCUUUCCUGAGGGAGAGGACCAGGUAAACUUCAGGGGCUUCAUGCGGACAUUGGCUCACUUCAGACCAAUUGAGGACAAUGAGAAGAACAAGAAUCCCACUGCCAGCGAGCCACUCAACAGCAGGACUAACAAGCUGCUCUUUGCUUUCCGUCUGUAUGACCUGGACAGAGAUGACAAAAUCUCUCGGGAUGAGCUGCUGCAGGUCUUAAGGAUGAUGGUUGGUGUAAACAUUUCAGAUGAGCAGCUCGGCAGCAUCGCUGAUAGGACCAUCCAGGAGGCCGACACGAACGGAGAUAACUCCAUCUCCUUCAAUGAAUUCAUCAAGGUCUUGGAGAAGGUGGACGUGGAACAGAAAAUGAGCAUUCGGUUCCUGCACUAAGUUUCUUUAAUUUUUUUUUGUUUUUUUUAUUUUUGAGUAGAGCUUCAACAUGUCAGUUGAUGUCAGGACACAACCUCAUCCAACGUCUCAGCAGGCUGCUGUGGCCCACACUACGAGUUAACACCGUCAGAUCAAGCAUUAGGUAGAUAAUGUCAUAGAUCUUGAGUUUCUGCCUUUGCACUGCUCUGUAAACAAAGGGAAAAGUUGUGUGCCUUGGGUUGUUUUAUGCAAUGUCACUAUGUAUUUUUCUCCAAGUAAUGGAACAUUAUUUAUUAGAAAACUUGUAGAGAGUCACAGUUAGUGACACUGCUGUUCCACUUUUCACAUAAAUAUGAUUUAUAGCACGGUAUGAUAAAGCUUUUUGCAUUGCAGUGAGUAAAUUCUGUCAUACUGUUCUAUCUGUCUUUGUCGGUACAAAUAUGCAAUGGUUCAUAGUGAAACUUGUAAGAUGUGUGAUUCCACUUCAAAACAAACAGUGUUUUUAAUGCUAACAUGAUCAUAUGACUCCUCUUCUUUGACUUGUGGCAGAGCAAGUCAGACCACCUAGCUCUAAGUUUGUCCCUUGAAGCAAAGCCGGACCUGCUUCACACAUUUUUGUGUUUUACUCACUGAAGUGCCAUGGCUUUGGUUCUCCUUUGUAAGUUAUUAUCUCAACAGCAAACAGGAACCAAUGGCCAUGUUUGUGUUUUGUUUUUCACAUGGGUUAACAUGGCUACUUCCAAUAGAAGUAGGCCAAUUGUUGGAGUGAAACUAAAGCAAGUUUGACCUUCCUUCAAAACCAGUAACCACUAGGGGCCUGUUGGAGCUACUGCUGAGUCAUUGUGUUUAUAAUGUUGGAUUUUAAAAACUGCCAAUUCAUUUCAACUAAAAUUGUGGUGGCAAGAGUGAAAAUUCCACACAAACUGUUGUCAUAUCUCUGGCUAGUAUAUAUGUCUUCCCUCACACCUGUUCUGACAGGAAAAAAUGGUACAUUUGCAAAAUGGUAAGAGGAUUCAACUAUGACUGUGGCCUGCUUUCUAAAAGUUUCCCUUACUGACUGACACUUAAGCCCUGACCAACUGUGUCACGCCCUGUGGUGGAAAUUGGGCUGUGGACCAGUUAGUUCGUAGACUUAGAACAGGUAAACCCACAAUAACGUGCUAUGCUUCUGUUAUAUGAUCAGUCUCCUUGUGUUGAUUUAUGCACUGCUCACAAUUUCUUGUGCAAUUUCUUUCGCCACUGACUAGGUCCAUAUGCUAAAGAGAAUCAAAUGCAUUAAAUUAUAUUUUCUGUACAGGCUAGUAUACAUGAAUUGGAGAACGAAGAACGAAUGUCAGACCCUUUAAUCUUUAAUGUGAGUUUGUCAAAUCAUUACAAGAACACCCUCCAGCAGCUGAGUGCAGGAAAUAAAGCUCAACUAUUUUAUCAAUCAUUAUGUGAUUAUCAAUCAGAUAUGACUCACAUGUUAUGUGAUGUUGGUCUAGGUAUUAUCAAAGUGAUUCAUUAAUUUGAUUUGAAUAAAAUAAGUGCCAUGCUU